GUUGUAGACAGGCGUGAAAUAUGGCAUCAAUUCUUUGUUUGAAUCCUAAAGCUGAAUUGGCUCGUCAUGCAGCGGCGUUAGAGUUGAAUGUAAGUGGGGCGAAAGGAUUGAUGGAAGUGAUGCGUACCAAUCUCGGACCCAAAGGAACAAUGAAAAUGCUUGUAUCUGGUGCAGGUGAUAUCAAACUGACCAAAGAUGGUAAUGUAUUGCUACAUGAAAUGCAAAUCCAACAUCCAACAGCUGCGAUGAUUGCAAAAGCUACAACCGCUCAGGAUGAUGUGACUGGUGACGGAACUACUUCCACUGUUCUUUUUAUAGGAGAACUCCUCAAACAGGCUGAUCUUUAUGUUUCUGAAGGUGUUCAUCCAAGAUUGAUCACAGAAGGCUUCGAGUAUGCGAGUAAGAAAACUCUUGAAUUUCUGGAGAAUUUUAAGCAAACUCCAAAAAUUGACCGUGAACUGCUGUGCGAGGUGGCACAAACCUCACUGCGAACAAAACUAAAUCAGAAGUUGGCUGAUCACAUAACGGACUGUAUUGUCGAUGCCGUGUUGGCAAUACGAAUCGGAAACGAUCUGCGUCCGGAUUUGCAUAUGAUUGAAAUGCAGGAGAUGCAACAUGAAAGCGAUAUGGACACUAAACUGAUACGUGGAUUGGUUUUGGAUCAUGGCGCUCGACAUCCUGAUAUGCCAAAAAAUCUCAAGAAUGCUUACAUUUUGACGUGCAACGUUUCGUUGGAAUAUGAGAAAACUGAAGUGAAUUCGGGUUUUUUCUAUAAAUCAGCAGCUGAACGAGAAAAGCUUGUUGCUGCUGAAAGAGAGUUUAUUAUGCGGAGGGUCCAGAAAAUUGUUGAUCUGAAAAAGAAAGUAUGUGAUGAGGCAGAAAAAGCUGACGGGAAAAAGCGUGGUUUUGUGGUAAUUAACCAAAAGGGUAUUGAUCCACCAUCAUUAGACUUGCUAGCGAGAAAUGGUAUUCUGGCAUUGCGACGCGCAAAGCGACGUAAUAUGGAACGACUGCAAUUAGCAGUUGGCGGUGAAGCAGUGAAUUCAGUUGAUGAUCUUACGCCAAAUGUACUUGGACAUGCUGGCACAGUUUAUGAGCACGUUUUAGGCGAAGACAAGUACACGUUUAUUGAAGAUUGCAAAGACCCUAAAUCAGUGACCAUUUUGUUAAAAGGGCCCAACAAACAUACAAUUACUCAAAUUAAAGAUGCUCUUCAUGAUGGCAUUAGAGCAGUUUUCAAUACAUUCGCUGACCAAGCAGUUGUACCGGGGGCUGGUGCCUUUGAAAUUGGUGCACACUGCAUGCUGAAGAAUGAGAUGGACCAAGUGAAAGGCCGAGCAAAGUUGGGAGUACAAGCUUAUGCUGAUGCACUGUUAAUAGUUCCAAAGACGCUAGCGACGAAUGCAGGAUUCGAUGCACAGGAAACAAUAGUGAAACUAAUAGAGGAACGGAUUGCUUGCAAGGGUAAAAUGCCCGUUGGAUUAGACAUCACAUCAGGCGAACCGUGUAAUCCUAAGGGUAUUUGGGAUAACGUUGUUGUCAAGCAGAAUAGUUUAGCAUCAGCUUGUGUUAUCGCGUGCAAUUUGCUUCAUGUUGAUGAAGUAAUGCGUGCUGGUAUGACAAACUUAAAAGGCGGUAAAUAAAUGGAAAUGAUCGCUGGCAUGAAUUUCUGUUUUGCUUUCUUUAUUGUUUUAUUAUUCCAUUGUUAAAUUCGUUGCACCCCUUUAUGGAAUGACACAUUUCGUAUUUGUUAUGUAGAGUUUUAAUCAAAAUUUUUGGAGAUAAGUUUCCCUUUUCUCUUGGAAAUCUUUACGCUUUUAUCUCUUCUAACUAUUCUGAUCUCCAUGAAGGAUAACUGGUGAAUUGUAACAAUGCAAGUAAUAUUUCUAUGUCAAAGAAAUUGGACUAAGAAAUGUUUGUUUGUUUAACUUCCAAUAAAUGCUG